ACCUAUAAUUACGCGUAUGAACAAUUGGUAUACCAUACACUUUUGGGUGGGCGGGAAGCGAUUUCAAUGUCCUGUCUGCUCUCUGCUCUCUGCUACAGCUUCGAAACAACUGUAGAGGAUGGCAACUGCUGCUGAGGAUUGCUCUCAAUUUGAUAUUUCUGAAGAGGAGAAGGACAAACUUAUUGCGGAAGUGAUUCGCUAUGUCCUUUUUAAAACCCAACAUAAUGCUGGGUGCCCAAUUAAAAGGGAGGAGCUUACUCAACUGGUUACUAAAAAUUAUCAGCAGUGGGCACUCCCUGCUUUUGUGAUCAAUGGGGCCAAAGCAAAGCUCUCAAGCAUUUUUGGGUAUGAAAUGAGGGAGCUUCAACGAGCUCGUCCUUCAUCAACAAAUCAGGGUCGCACUUCACAACAGAGUGUUGCAGAUCCAAAAGCAUAUGUGAUCAUAAGUCAGCUACCUGCAAGUGUGUAUAAAAAAUAUAUUGAGGAUGUCAAUACAUCGCAUCUUACUGGUUUCACUUUCGUUGUUAUAAGUAUUAUACACCUUGCUGGAGGCAAAAUCCCUGAAGAAAGUCUUUGGCAUCAUUUGAGGCGGUUGGGAUUAAGUGAAACUGAUGAAAACCAUCCAGCCCUUGGAAACAUCAAGCAGGCUCUGGAGGCACUUGUUCUUCAAAGGUAUUUGCAGAAGUACAAAGUCAAUGGCCCUGAAGGCAAUACCUUGUUUUAUGAGCUGGCGGAGCGAGCUUUAGAUGAAUCAAUUAGUGAGAAAAUUAAAGAAUACAUAUCACAGAUUGUGCAGAAAGAUGUUACUCCCUUGGAUGCUGAUUAGUGUUCCAUUGGUUGGAGUAAACACAGAUUAUCUGAUUGUCUUGCUCUUUGCAGACUGAUCCAAGAUAUGAAGUACUUGCUAUUCAGUUAGCUUUUUGGGAGACAAUGUCGGUUUUCCUUUUGAUGAAUUCACUUAGCCGAAAUGGUAAAGCUACGGCUUAGAAGUUGAUGAUAAUCUUUUGAUUGCUAUAUGUAUAUUUCAAGCUACUUGUUGAAAUUUCGUGUACAUUGUUCUUAAGAACAAUGUAUUUAGAUAUUUCCUUCAUGGGCUUUGUGAUGUUAAUGGUAGUAGCUUUCGCAUUCUAA